AUGCGUUUCUCAUCAUGCCUGGUCAUUGCGGGCCUGUCGUCAAGCGUGCACGCCUUUUACCCAUGGGAAAUCAAGGUAGAGGAGUCUGUCGCUCUCAAUAGUCGCGACAAUGAACGUCGAUUCAUGCCAUGGAAAAUCAAGGCAGUAGAAUCGGAGGAGGAAAACGCCGACGACAAGCCGUUCACCUUAGGCAUCAAGAAGGCCCCUGUUCGCCGCGACGACAAAUACACUAUCAUCCGAGCGAACGACCCUACGCUGCCUCACAGUGCUGCAUUGGACCAGGAUGGUGCCGACUUCUCAUACUUCUCUGUCGUGGAGGUCGGCUCGCAGAAGACUCAGAUGUGGUUGGCUGUUGACACUGGGUCUCCGAGCACAUGGGUGUUUGACUCGGCCUGUACAGAUACAGUGUGUACAAACCACCAUACAUUCGACUCAAAAGCAUCCACUUCCUUUAUCUCGAACAAUUCUGAAAUCUCGAUUGGAUAUGGCAGUGGAACUAUUAAGGGUGGUCUGGGUCAGGACACUGUGUCGAUUGCCGGCUUGAAUGCGACUCUGUCAUUUGGACAGGCGACGUCGGCGAGUCAGACAUUCAACAAUUAUCCAAUUGAUGGAAUUCUCGGCCUGGGACGCUCCAGGACAGCGGGUUGGAACAUCCCAUCUUUUAUGGAUGUCGUGGGCCAAUCUGGUGUUCUCCCAGCGAACCUUGUUGGCUUUAGUCUUUCGCGUGCAUCCGAGGGUGGCUUUGAUGGUGAAGUGAACUUCGGUGGUGUCGAUACCACCAAGUUCGACGGAACUAUCUCAUAUUCCACGACUGUCACCGACAUCUGGAGCAUUGCCCUUGAUGAUGCUUACGUGAAUGGCAAAGCUCUUGGUUUCCAGGGAAAGAUUGCUACCAUCGAUACCGGGACCACCUACAUCUUGAUUCCACCCAAUGAUGCGAAGAUCCUGUUCGCUGCCAUUCCUGACUCAUCGUUCUCAGGUGGAAAUUGGGUGGUUCCUUGUGAUGCGAGCGCAAAGUUAGAGCUCUCAUUUGCAGGAAUCAAAUACUCCAUCGAGCCCGAAGACUACAUUGGUAGCCAACACCAAGGCUCCGGGUGUGUUUCCACCAUUAUCUCCCAGGAGUCGUCUGGGCCCGACACCUGGCUGGUCGGCGACGUCUUCUUGAAGAAUGUGUAUUCCGUCUUCGAUUUUGACAACGCACAGAUUGGCUUUGGCACUCGAAACGCUACUUCUGUGCCCGGCAAUGGUACAUUCGUGGUGCCGACUGCCACUGCGACCACCCUCACCACUGUUGCACCGACCGCGACCGCGACCGGCACCACCUCAUCGUCAGAGUCGCCAUCCCCCACACCCAUGAACUCGGCAUCAUCAUUUUCUAUCAGCUUGAUUCCGUCGAUCAUGGUUGUUGGCAUGGCAUUGUUGAUUUAA